AUGUUUGAGAAUGCACGGAACAGUGUUGUUGGGAAUACCACUAUAAGUGGUAGCGAAAGUGUCGUAACACUUGAAAAAGACAUCAUUACGGAAUACGAAAAAUUAGUGACAAAUGUUGAUAGAAUGAAUCAAAUAAUAACUCACAUGAACACAACCGAGGUACUAAACCUAAUCAACAAAUUACGUACCCUCGAAAAAAAAGUUGGCCUGGUGUAUACCUUGUUCAAAGCUUCGGUUUAUUCUUUGGUUACUGCUGAUCAAGAUAUUGGCGAUGGAAGUGGUGUUGGCGAUGGAAACAAUAUUUUUGGUGGAAUUGGAAAUAGAAUUGGGAACGGGAGUGGGGGUGCUGAUGGAAUCGACAAUAACGCCGAGAAGCAGCAAAGUACAAAUCGACCGAUUUUUUAG